GCGCCUCCCCACCGCCCUCUCCGCUACCGCGCUCGCUCCGCGGUCUGCCACCCGCGCGUCCUCUGGCCCCGCAACUUCACCCGGCGCGGCGGCAGCUGGUGCGACGCCCGAGCACUGGAGCCAGGACUGUUACCCUUGGACCUUUCCCUGUUGGCUGGGAGGAACGAGCACCGGUUGUCCGCGGAGCCGGAGGUGCACGGCAGCGAGGGGCGGUGCGUGGGUGCCGAAGUGGUACAUGCCACCCGGUACUAAGCGUCUCCGGGCACUAGGAGCGUUCUCGGCAGGACUGCCAACCAGACUCCCAGAAAUCAUGCUGGUGGGAUCCCAGUCCUUCUCUCCUGGCGGGCCCAAUGGCAUCAUCCGGAGCCAGUCCUUCGCAGGUUUCAGUGGGCUGCAGGAAAGGCGGUCCAGGUGUAACUCCUUCAUUGAAAAUGCCUCGGCUCUCAAGAAGCCUCAGGCCAAGCUGAAGAAAAUGCAUAAUCUAGGACACAAAAAUAACAACACUCCCAAGGAGCCUCAGCCGAAGAGAGUGGAGGAGGUCUACCGGGCCUUGAAGAACGGGCUUGAUGAGUACCUGGAGUUUCACCAGACGGAGCUGGACAAAUUGACUGCUCAAUUAAAAGAUAUGAAGAGAAACUCUCGCCUGGGUGUGCUGUAUGACCUAGACAAGCAAAUUAAAACGAUUGAGAGAUACAUGCGACGCCUGGAGUUUCACAUUAGUAAGGUAGACGAGCUCUAUGAAGCCUAUUGUAUCCAACGGCGUCUCCAAGAUGGUGCCAGCAAAAUGAAGCAAGCCUUCGGGACGUCCCCUGCCAGCAAGGCUGCCCGGGAGAGUCUGUCUGAGAUCAACCGCAGCUACAAGGAAUACACGGAGAACAUGUGUGCCAUUGAAGCAGAGUUGGAGAGUCUGCUGGGAGAAUUCUCCAUCAAGAUGAAAGGUCUGGCUGGCUUUGCCCGCCUCUGUCCUGGAGAUCAAUAUGAAAUUUUCAUGAAGUAUGGUCGGCAGAGGUGGAAACUGAAGGGCAAAAUAGAAGUGAAUGGUAAACAGAGCUGGGAUGGAGAAGAAACCGUCUUCCUGCCCCUCAUAGUUGGGUUCAUUUCGAUCAAGGUCACAGAACUCAAAGGACUGGCGACUCACAUCCUGGUAGGCAGUGUGACCUGCGAGACCAAAGAGCUGUUUGCAGCCCGACCCCAGGUGGUGGCUGUUGACAUCAAUGACCUUGGUACCAUCAAACUGAACCUGGAAAUCACCUGGUAUCCCUUUGACGUGGAGGACACAACCCCAUCGUCGGGCCCUGGGAACAAGACAACUGCUCUCCAGCGAAGGAUGUCCAUGUACAGCCAGGGCACCCCAGAAACACCUACCUUCAAAGACCAGUCCUUCUUUAGAUGGUUGCGGCUGUCUGUCUUGAGUGCCUUGCGAGACACUUUCUUUGCCACGUUGCACCACAACCACUCUGUCGGUGACCUGCCUUCCCUCAGCCUGAACCCCAAGGCCCUGCUAGAAUUCUAUUCAAAUCUGCCAGAUGACAUCUUUGAGAGUGGAAAGGCGGCAGAGGAGAAAAGGCCACUGUCCCUCAGCUUCAGUGACCUGCAGGAUGGAGACUGUGUCUUCACCUCCAGCUCAGCCACCUCCCCCUCCAGUUCACACUCAACCCAUCCAGAGAUUACCAUCACCCCCGCAGAGCUUACCCACAGCAGCCUGUCCUCACAAAAUGAGGGCACUGAGGACAGCAGCUCAGCGUCUUCCAGCAAUUCUUUGGGUGAGGACCAUGAGCCCAAGUCCCACCCAAAGAGUGAUACGGUAGAGCCCGGGAAGCCGGGUGUGGCUACAAGGUCUGGUACCGAGAGCCUGUUUCUGGAGAAUGGUGUGGCCGAGGCUCUCCUGCAGGAAUCAGAUGAGGCCUCUGAGCUCAAGCCCGUGGAGCUGGACACUUUUGAAGGAAACAUCACAAAGCAACUGGUGAAGAGGCUCACUUCGGCUGAGGGGCCCAUCACUACUGACAAGCUUUUCUUUGAAGGCUCUGUUGGUAGCGAGUCUGAGGCUGGCCGGUCCUUUCUGGAUGGCAGCCUGGAAGAUGCCUUCAAUGGACUCUUCCUUGCAUUAGACCCACACAAGAAGCAGUACAAAGAGUUCCAGGAUCUGAACCAAGAAGUCACUCACUUGGAUGAUGUUCUCAAAUGCAAGCCGGCUGGCAGCCGCAGCAGGUCUUCCAGCCUAAGUCUGACGGUUGAGAGUGCUUUAGAAAGCUUUGAUUUCCUCAACACCUCUGACUUUGACGAAGAGGAAGAGGAUGGCGAUGACGUCUGCCACGUUGGAGGAGGCGCAGACUCCGUGUUUUCAGAUACUGAGACUGAGAAGAGUAGUUACAGGUCAGUUCACCCGGAAGCCAGGGGUCACCUUAGCGAAGCUCUGACUGAAGACACAGGUGUAGGGACCAGUGUGGCAGGAAGCCCACUCCCGCUCACCACAGGAAAUGAGAGCCUGGACAUCACCAUAGUCAAACAUCUACAAUACUGCACCCAGCUCAUCCAGCAAAUCGUCUUCUCUAGCAAAACUCCCUUUGUGGCAAGAAGUCUCUUGGAGAAGCUGUCGAGGCAGGUCCUUGUGAUGCAGAAGCUGGCAGCUGUGAGUGACGAGAACCUCGGGAACAUCACCUCUGUGGUGGAAGCCAUACCAGAAUUUCACAAAAAGCUCUCCUUGCUGGCCUUCUGGACCAAAUGCUGCAGCCCCAGUGGGGUCUACCACAGCUCCGCUGCCCACCUAAUCAAGCAGCUGGAGGCCAGCUUCGCCAGAAGCAUCAACAAAGACUAUCCAGGACUGGCAGAGCCAGUGUUUAGAACCCUGGUGUCCCAAAUCCUGGACCGAGCUGAACCUCUCCUUUCCUCCAGCCUCUCGUCGGAAGUCAUCACUGUCUUCCAGUACUACAGCUUCUUCACCAGCCAUGGUGUGAGUGACCUGGAGACUUACCUGGGCCAGCUAACCAGGCAAGUUGCCAUGGUUCAGACUCUGCAGUCACUGAGAGAUGAGAAACUGCUGCAGACUAUGAGUGACCUUGCACCCAGCAACCUCCCCGCUCAACAGGAAGUCCUCAGGACGCUGGCCCUGCUGCUCACCAGGGAUGACAAUGAGGUCAGCGAGGCUGUGACACUCUACUUGGCAGCAGCCUCCAAAAAUGAGCACUUCAGAGAAAAGGCCUUGCUCUAUUAUUGCGAAGCACUAACGAAGACCAAUCUCCAGCUACAGAAGGCAGCAUGUCUGGCCCUAAAGAGCCUAGAGGCCACCGAAAGCAUUAAAAUGCUAGUGACGUUGUGUCAGUCUGACACUGAAGAAAUCAGAACCGUGGCCUCGGAAACCCUCCUCUCUCUUGGAGAAGACGGGCGACUGGCGUACGAACAAUUAGACAAAUUCCCUCGAGAUUGUGUUAAAGUGGGAGGUCGUCAUGGAACUGAAGUUGCCACAGCCUUUUAAAUUUCACGUUAACCCCUGCCUGACUGCUAUUCCGAUGAUACCUGGCCUCAAGAGGGUGCUGUGAUGUGGCCAGACAGCAGAGAGCUGCUGCCGCUGCCAAGACGGAGAUGUCCAAGUCCAAUGGCACUGUACUGUCUACUUUUCCUUAGCCCACAGAACAGGGCUGUGUAUAAUUCACUGGACUGCAUCGUAGUUUUGACUGACAGCACUUCAAAGUAGAGUUUGAAAGUAGUCAUCUUAAUGCCUUUGUGGAAGUUCAUCUGUAAGCUUGAACUCUUCAUGUGCUAUUUGGAUACAUACAUAUAGUAUGCCUUGCCAUCUUUCUGCUGUGUUCUCAGGGUUGAGUGGCCCCUUAGUUACCGAAUUUUAUUAAAUAGACAAAGCACAAAAAGAAUGUACUGCAAAUAAAAGUUGGUUUUUUUUAUUUUUACAGAGCCUGGCAAAAGUGAUCAGUUAUAAGACAGUAAGUUUUGGAGCUGAGGAUGUGGCUCCCUUGGUAGAGUGCUAGCCUAGGGAGCAGGAAGCUUGGGUCUAUCCCCAGCACUGCAUAAGCUGGCUAUGCUGCCCAUAUAAAAUCAGUGCUCAGAAGGAAGAAGGAUCAGAAUAAGUUCAAGGUCAUCUUUAGCUACCUAGGGAGUUCCCAGGGCAACCCCGGAUACAUGAAGCUAUGGGGGUUGAGGAGACCUAAGAUUUUUGUUUUUGUUUUUGUUUUUGCUUUUUUGAGACAGGGUUUCUCUGUAUAGCCCUGGCUGUCCUGGAACUCACUCUGUAGACCAGGCUGGCCUCGAACUCAGAAAUCUGCCUGCCUCUGCCUCCCAAGUGCUGGGAUCAAAGGCUGGGACCUAAGUUUUAUAGCUUAGUUUUUUUUUAUAGUUCCUACUAUUUGUUUCUAUUUCCAUCCUGAGAAUUCCAUAUCAUCUAUCCAUGUGGUUUAAGAGAGGGACGGAAGACUUCUGCUUCGUUGAGGUUGUACCAUACUAUUAAAAGCAAACAAAACCUCAAAGCUUAAGCUUUCGUUCUUUAACCAGAGCCAUCUUUAUCACACUCUUGGUUUUUGUUGUUUGGCUUUUGUUUUGUCUUGAAACAGAGUCUUCCUAUUGUAGUCCUGACCAACCUGGAACUCAGUAUACAGUCCAGCCUGACCUUGAACUUGCAAGAGUUCUCUAGCCUCUGCCUCCAGAGCUGGGGUUAUAGGCACAAGCCACUAGGCCUGGUUCUACAUGUGUAAUUUUUUUUUCUAAGACAAAUACACACCCCUAAGUUGUAGAUUCAGAAAGAUGUAUUUCUCUUUUAAGAGAACCUGGACUUUGGAUGAAUCCUAAGUCACUGGACUACAUUGUAGUUGUGACUGACAGCACUUCAAAGUCCAUCUUACCUUACCGUAGAAUUUGACACUGGAUAGAAUAUUGGGGUACUGAAAGUGGUUCCUGCUUCUAUAGAAUAGCCAUGAGCCUUGGAAGCAGGAUGCCCUGAGAGAUGGAAACUGCCCCAUAGUUUCCACAGCAGCUCAGUACCAGCGUAGAGAUUCAGUCUCUUACAAAGUGUACAAGGGGUGGGGAUGCCAAGACAUCACAACAAUAUGUGUGGGUGCAAUGUGAACUGUAUUCUGGAUGUGUUUGUAUAAAAUACCAAUUAGAUAUUAGUUCCAAUAUUUACAUUUUAGCAAGACUUUUAAAAGUUCCUUUCAUUUUAAAGUGAAAAUUGUUUGUCGGGCUUCUUGCAACACAUCCUUCCAACUGUGAAGUCCCACUGUACAUAUCUGUAUUUUUGUAAAUGUUAUAUAUAUGCAUAUAUCCCUCAUUUUAAAGGUAUGUUGUACAGUUAUAGUAUGUAUAGGCUACAGUCUUUGUUAAAUGGUUGAAAUGUCUCUUUUGUAGAAAGUGAAAUCACAGCUAUUACAGGGCUUUUGUUUGGUUUAUUUGUGGAUUUGAAACAGUUUUGAAUAUUGCAUGGAUAAUUAAUUUCACAUCUUUUGUAUCCACCUCUGUGUCUGGCUUUUGGUUGGGAAGUGCUUUUAGGUUUGUGAUAUUUGUAUUCAUCCCUCUUUCAAUCAUGUAAGUCAAAAUAAAAAUUAUUUUUAAUUACUA